GUUGAGCACCACUGCCUCGCCAUGUUCUCGGAUCGAAACCCCGAUUGGCUCGAAAUUCCACGAACAGCGACAGGGGAUUCGUGGAGCCAGGCCACGCCUCGCACGCCAACUCCUGGACCACCUCUUCCCAUCGAACCAUCGUAUUACUUGGUAGUUGUGCGCCACACAACAAAGGCCACCCCGCUGCUCGGCCAACCGACUAGUCCUCGUUGGCACGACGCACGCUCAACAACUUCGACCUUAACCGGCCGCAAUUUUAUUCCACCUUCUGACCCGCCGCCGCUUCCUCCACGCCGUUAACGAAUCCACGCUGCGCCUACCGUUCCUUCCGUCUCUUCGUUCCAUCCGUUCGUUUCCAAACUGGGCUGGGAAUAGGACGGGCCACGGUUUUUUUCGAGCGGUUUUCGAGCUCGUAGAUAGACAGGCGAGGUGCAAUUGUUCGAGGCGCAGAUCCAGCAGGAAGGAAGGAAAAACCUCGCGUGAUGUUAUCGAGGAUUCUUUCGUCGAAUCGUUGGACGGAGUAGAAGAGGAGAAGGAGGAGGAGAAGGAGGUUGAUCGUGGAGUGUGGAAGAAAUUGGAGGCGAAGAAAUUGUAUCUAAAAUAUGUGUCGUUGUGCGGCAAGGACGAGCCAUGAGAGGUGUAGUACCGAACCAAUGGUAUCUUCAUAGUUUUGUGUAUCAUCGUGUGGACAUUGUAAUCCAGUAAAUAAACAGACUCGAUACAAAACGCUACGUGUACGAAAAUUGUGGUGUUGGAUGAUAUAACAGGAAUUCUUAAUAAUCCCAAGUGUACGUUAAUAAUAAGAGAGUCUUGCAACAGAAGAAGAUACGAUACGAUACGUGGUGGAACGAUCUUCAAAAUGUAUUUUGCAAUUCACGUGUAUUGGACAAUCGUUUCGUGCAUCGAUUAAGCUAGUAGUGUGUUUACAAACGUUUCUUUCGCGACAGAUCCUUUCGCAGGAAAGGAUAGGCGAUACAAAACAAAUAGCGAUAACUUUAACCUUUUGGGAUCACAACGCUUUUGGAUAUUUUCCCACGAUGGAUUCCCAACAGCUAGUCGACACCGCGUCGCAGAACAGCCAGGACAUCGUUCUGCCGAAACCAGCGAGCAGUACGCCUAGGCACAGCAUCGACGCGAUCCUCGGACUGGCGAACAAUAAGAGGAGUCAUCAGGAAAUGGAGGAUAACGGUCGAGACGCGCAGGAAAACGCAGGUGAGAACAGCUGCAACUCCACCGGCGGUGGCAGCGACGAGGAACUCGGGGCAGGCUGCGGGGACGAUUUGAACGGGAACAGCGGGAAGAAGAAGCAUCGCCGGAACAGGACGACCUUCACCACCUACCAGCUGCACGAGCUCGAGAGAGCCUUCGAGAAGUCUCAUUAUCCGGACGUGUACUCCAGGGAGGAGCUCGCUAUGAAAGUCAAUCUUCCGGAAGUGCGGGUCCAGGUGUGGUUUCAGAAUAGGCGAGCAAAAUGGCGCAGACAGGAGAAGAUGGAAGCAGCGAGACUCGGACUCAGCGAGUAUCAUCAUCCCGGCAACAUGAGAAACGUGGCCGGGCCGGCUCUGGGUUUGCCGGGUGAUCCUUGGCUCACCCCUCCUGGUCUGUUGAGCGCUCUUCCCGGCUUUCUCGCUGCACCUCACACGGGAUAUCCCAGUUAUCUAACGUCCCCGAGACGAUUGCCGUCGCCGCCCAAUGUUGGCGCUGUUGGAAGCGCGGUACCAGGCGGGCUGAGCGCAGGGAUGACGAGCAUAGGGAGCGGAGGGCACGUCCCAGCGGCGCCACCCAGCCCGCCCGGUCACGAUCCGCGCACAACGAGCAUCCAGGCUCUGAGAAUGCGGGCCAAGGAGCACGUCGAGAGCAUCACCAAAGGAUUACAAAUGGUCUGAAGUUUAACGUACGACCCAGGAAGGCAGUAUGAACCCGACUACGGCCAAGCCGUGGCCACGCUUUUAACACCGCGGGCGUGACGAGAAGCGAAAACUACUACCACUCUCCCCUAGAACAACUAGAUCCUUGGAGAAACUGGAGAAAACACUGUCCGGCAGACGGAUCGACAAACACGUUCCCUCGUCCCUCUUCCCGCGGCGUCGUUUCUGGUGAAACCGAACGUUUCUAUCCCACCGUUGGAAACCGUUUUUCAUCGGUUAUCGAGCACAACGUCGAAGAGUACGUGGACGAAGAAAGGGACGAUCGUUACAAUUAUUAAUUCCUGCGGUAUAAUAAUCGAGAGUUGGAGGAGAGGUUUUUAAUCGUUGGUUGAUCGAAAUUGGAUCAAAUUUUGUCGUGUCGUUUUUCCUCGACAAAGGGACGAAGGGAACCGUGAUGCGCUCGUUCUCUCGUGACGGAAGAGACGAAAAGAAAGAGAGAAGAGAAAUUUGAAAUUCGCCCCAUUCCCCCUCGGUGGAAAAAAUCCGAGAAUAAUAAAAUCCCAGUUUCGGUUUUGGGUGGUCAGUUUUUUUCGGCCGAACUAGUUCAGGAUAACAAUAGUGCAAUAAACGAGACGAGAAAAAGGGGUCAGAGACAUUUUUUCGUAGUGCGUUGGUACGGACGGAGGAGUAGCUGUAAGAUCCAAAGACGAUUCUUUCCGGUUAGAACUGCGAAGGAUAACUCCAUAACUUCCUGAACGAUACAGCUCAGUAAGUAAUAUAUUACGUAUAGUUUUAAAGCAAGGUUUCAAAGCGUCGCGAAAAAUUCGACGUCGAAUACUGUUAUCACGGACAAAGAUUUUUAUUUUCCGCGUAUCGGCAGAAGAAGAAGCGAGCGACGGAUAUGUUCAAAUAUGACUCGGCCAUAGAUUCGUGCGAAUUUUUCGUUAAGAGCCACAAGUUAAGAGUCGCGUUAAGAAUGCACGGCGUGCUUCGAAAUCGAACGGAUCGAUCUUCAAAUUUGGAACACGAUUUUUAACUAUAUCACGUUAAUUCGUGUUCUAGAUUUAACGAACGAAGAAUUCGAAUCGAAACGGGACGAGAAACGUCUCCUCCUCGAUCGUCAUAAUUUUUCAAUCGCCACAUUACGAAUGAAAAGUUAAAAUCGAGGGGAAACGAGUCGAAAUAUUUGAAAUCCUUUCAAUUUCUGUCUUAACGCUCUUAACGCGAUCAACACCAACGCUGUCAUUGAGAUAUCGAAAAAAAAAAAGAAAAGAAGAGAAAAGCUUCCAAUUUCCAAAAUUUUCUCCACGGAAUAGUGGAAUUAUCGGAACGAGACGACGAAUCACGGAUAUGAAGGGAAUGACGGUUAGAGUUGAUCGUUCAAAUAUGCAAAGUGGCUGUAUCUCGGCGAAAUGAAUUGGUACAAACCGCGAAGGGGUCAGUGGCCCGGCCGAGGCGAUCGUUUUCCGUCACCGUGUAAACUAACGGUCUUGUAUCCGAAAUACGAUUAGCAUAAUUGUUUGAUAAUCAUGUACCUCGGAUAGAACGAACGGAACGAGCGUGGACAAGGGAUAUUUGCUAUUUUGCGGCCGACACUUGUCACUGUUUAUUUUUUUUUUCUUUUCUUUCUUUUCGAACAUAGAACGAGGCAUGAAAAUGGAAUUAACGAGGAAUAAUUGACCAGCGAACGAUCAUUCGAUUAAUCGUCGAAUGAACGUCGAGCGUCGAGCGUCAAUCAGCAAAAAUUUUAACGAGGCGAAAUUCUUCCAGAAUUUGUUUAGCGAGUCGCUCGAUCGGAAUAGAUCGAGCUGUGCGAUGAACUCUCAGAGACUAGAUCAAUAUUUCUUGUAGCAUAGAGAUUCGAAGUGAGAGAGAGAGAGAGAGAGAGAGACAGAGAGAAAGAGAGAGAGAGAGUGGAAGAGAGAGAGAGAGAGAAUGAUGAGACACAUUUUGACAUAAACAAUAUUCUGCAGUAUUAAUACGUUAAGACAAAGAAUUGUGCAUAAAGUUACGUAAUAAACGAUCACGAUAUGCGGAUACCGCCGCUUGGAAGGGACUGGCUGUAUUUUGGAAUCCAAGAGUUUGAUCGAAAGAUGAGAACGUGUCUUAAUCGAUAUACCAUGAAUUCUUCAAAUAUUUAUAAAUCCUGUUUAAAUUAUGAUUAACCAUGCAUUUGGAUAUGACAAUUUAUCCAUAUCGAAUGUUCUACAAAAUGUUAUGUCUGUUGCACGAUUUCUUGAUCUCAGUUUCGAGAAUAUUCACAAGUCAAAGGAUUAAGUACCUUGUUAAGUUUCGUCCAUCAAACUGUUCGAUUCCUCUGGCAGUCAGUUUCCGGAAGAAAGCGGCGGCAAGGAGCUCUAAGUAGAGGGUGAAAGAAAGAACGUAGACAGUUACCCACCCCCGGAUGUCUAUUUGUAUAUAUACCUGCUCGUGAUGAAAUAAAAUUUGAUGUACAUAUUUAAUCAUA